AUGCAAUCUAUGCAAAGACAGUUCGGAAAAUUACUCCACAAGAGCCCUGGAGAUAAUGCCCGAGUCGCUGUUUUAUUAAACGACUAUGAGGAUGCCGACAGAGUCCUUGCUAAGAUCGUUGACCACACCAAGUCAUGGCAUGAAUCCUGGGUCAGCUUGGCUAUGGCGCAACUGGGCAUAGUCACCGAGUACGAUGGCCUCUGGGACCCAAUAGUUGGUGCUACCGAUGGUCAUGGAACAACAGCUGUGCCGACCCCGGAUCUCCAGCUCGAACGUACCCUAAGGUUGAAACAGGCUUAUACUGAGCUUAAGGCAGAAGUACUAGAAGAAGUAGGUCUCAUUGAAUCUACAAUAAUUAAGCCUGCUACCGACGCCCGCGAUUGCAUUGCUCCCUUAAGGAAGACCAUUAAGAAGCGGGAAAACAAAAGGUUAGAUUACGAGAAGUGUCAAGACAAAGUCAACAAACUGCAGAGGAAAGUCUCUCGAACUCCCAAGGAAGAUGCUGCUCUGGCCAAAGCCGAAGCUGAAGUUGCGCGAACAGCUGAGGAAUUCGAGAUCGCGGACUCACAUCUAAGAGAAACAUUGCCGCCUCUCGUAGCUGCGACUUUCAGCAUAAUACCGCCACUCAUAGCAGGAGUGGUUGUAAUUCAGAAUAGAUUGCUCGGCUUGUACUAUACCACACUUCACAACUAUUGUCAGGACUAUGACUUUCCAUCGCCGCCACCACCCAUGGAAAAUGUGAUAUCUAUGUGGUCGGCUACUUAUGAGCCCGUCAAGCGCGAAGUCGAAUCCAUAGCAUGCAUCGCAACGGGUAAGGCCGUCCGACAGCCUAUGAAACUUCCAGAUGAUCCAAGCAACAUCAACAAUAACAAUAACGAUCGCAAACCAUCCACUUCGUCCGCGACAUCCUCCACCGCGGAGAAUGGCUUUCACCGUUCACCGUCUGGGCUCAUCGGCUCCAGCAACUCCGCACCACCUCCAGCUGGCCCACGGCCAAAACGAAUCCCUUCGUCAGCCUCGAUAGCGUCAUCCCAAGGAAGUAACACAAUACAGCCAAAACCGAAGCCGUCGUUUGCUAUUGGCAAUCAUCUCACGCCUACAGACUUUACCACCGCAUCUCGACUCGGUCAGGGACUAACACCAGCGAUAUCACCUGGUUCUACUCAACCACGAGCAGAUUAUUUCGGGCGCCCUUCCCCGACGCCCACGAAUGCAUCCAGCACGUCGUUCAAUGCAGCCGCCAUCGCCAUCAAAAAGAAACCUCCCCCGCCACCGCCGAAGAAGAUAGGCGCAAACCGGCUAGAAGAAUUUGUAAUCGCACAGUAUGAUUUCGCUGGGCAGAACGUAGGCGACCUGUCCUUCCGCGAAGGCGACAGGAUAAAAAUCGUCAAGAAGACGGGCACGGAUCAGGACUGGUGGAUGGGCGAACUAAACGGCGUCCGAGGCAACUUCCCGGCCAAUUACUGUAAGGCAGCUUAG